AUUAUUGUUACCGUACCAAGAAUCGCAUAAAAAGUAGUAUCACAGCGGGUUUUAGUUUUUGAUAAGUAUUUUCAUCGGUAAUGUGAAUAAAUGGCUCAUCUAAUUAAGCAGGAACAGGAUAAGCAUCUGAAGUUUGUCUUAGAUCAAUCAGAAGAGGUCCUUAUCGAGUUCUGCAAAUUGGCCAUCGAGUAUGUCAGUAAUGGCAUUAACGAGAAAAAAUGCUCUGUCGCAGCUAAAAAGCUAGAGACAACCUUUGAGACCAUUAAAACUUGCGUCGAAGCACUGGUCUGUCUACUGAUCGAUUCCACCAAGUUGCAUAUCACCGAGGAGGAGUUUCAAACGCUUCGUACUCUCCAGUAUACCGAUGGCCAAAUAGCCAUCCUGUGGCAGUUUGUGAGCAGCAAGCGGAAUCUGGUGGAAAACAUCCUUAAACAUUCCACCGACAGCGAGUUGCACUUCCGAGACCUGGAGUGGCGCUUGGAAGCGAAGGUGGCCUCCAGGGCGAUGAUCAAACAAGCCACACCGAUCAUAGCCAUGAAGUUGCACCUGGACAGCGAAGUGGUCAACGAGCAUAAGGAGAAACUGCAGCCUGAUCAGGGCGAUGCCGAGACAGGUCAGCUGAGCACUCGGAAGGAAGUCCUGCUGCAAACCGAUCCGACUAGUUUGGUGCACUUGAUACAGGUGCUGGAGCAGGCUCUAAUCGAUUCCAAAACUCAUCGGGUUAGAAAUUUUGUGAAAUCAUUCCAGAAAUAAAAUUGAGCAAUACGA